CGACGAACCAUUAUCGAUCAGCAGGGCAGCAUUUCAGUUGUAUCGAACAGCUUAUUUAUUUAGGAAGACCGGUUGGCAAUUUGGAACCCGCUCUAGGUUGAGGUGGAUCAGUUUUGGCGAAAUUAUUAUCGGUUUGGGUUGAUAAAUUCGUGAAUUACUUGGUAAGUAUAUUAUUGUGAAGCUUCGAUUUGAUUUUAGAAGCUGGAGACAGUUUGUCAUAUUAGCUGAACUUGUGGUAACCUUUCUGUAUUGCUUAGCGAUUAGGAUGCUCCCGGUGCUGCGGGUCGCUGAAAGUUUUUUUCUUCUUUAGAAUGUCUCAAAACUGGGAACGUGAUGACCUGAAAUUCCAAGGGAUAUAGGACUGUAAUUUCCUAAACUUUUGUCAGAGGCCUGUUUCAGCCCUGGCAGAAUAUUCUGUCGAGUGUGACAACUGACAACACAUCUGGUGACGUUGUAGACCUCGGACGGCGUAAUAUUUUGUGAAACUUUGUGACAGAAUACUCUGCCGGCCAGCAAAAUGCGCUGAUCACCUUUCAUCAGUGUGAAACGAUUUCACAUGAAAGCCAAUAAAAAAUAACAUGUUUGUACUUUGUGUUUCUCAAAUAUUAUGUAGGCUAGUAUCUAACUCACCAAUUUAUGCUAUUACACCUCCCAAUACAUCCCCGCAAGAAAGAAACACGCCACAAUUCAAUCAUUUGGUGCGCUACAUUGAUAGCAAAACCAUCGGCAUUACAAAAAUCUGUUAUGCCAUUCUGCGGCAGAAUAUUUUGCCAUGACGUCAUACGUUAGAAGCUCCGCCCCUUGCAGCUUGCUCCACCCACUGAUGCCUACUGCGCAUGCAUCAUGGAAUAAUAUUCCAUAAUAUUUCACGCUGAAACAGGCCUCAAAGCAUAUUGCCAUCUUUGGUCAGGAAAGCUGAACAAGGCAAUAACGGGUGGAAUCUGAAAACGUGCCAGAGGUGAUAUAAUUUAGUUGCAUGACUGUUCAAAAUUUUUUCUCCCUUGCUGCCUUCCACAGGGCACAGGCUAUUUGUCACAUGAUUUGUGCAAGUGAAUUUUAAGAGUCUUGAUCAAAUUCUAUGGUAGGUCAAGCAUCCUCAAAUAUGGGAUUAACUGUGUUCUCAAAUAUGGAUGCAAACAUUCCUAAGACCUAUUCCUAUUUAUGGAUAAGAUUGGUGACAUUCCUGCACUAAAAUGGGUUUAGGGCUAGGCAUCAGCCAUCAACCAUCAAAUGCUGGCACCUUCACACGGAUACUACCUAGUCUCAUUCAAAUCUGAUGACAUAGCUAUGAUGGCCCACCGGACGCUGUCGGCGCUACUGCUGGCCCUCGCUGGUCUGGCGGCCGGCGUGGGGGCCGACCUGGCGCUGCCCCGCGGCGUCUCCAUGGCCAAGGCCAGUCUGUACCAGGCGGGCGACACGUUCACCUGUUUGGACGGCUCGGCCACCAUCCAGUUCCAGUACGUCAAUGACGACUACUGCGACUGCGAGGACGGUAGUGACGAGCCGGGCACGUCGGCCUGCGCGCUGGGCUCGUUCUACUGCGCCAACCGCGGCCACGCCGCCGCAGAGGUGCCCUCCGCCUGGGUCAACGACGGCGUCUGCGACUGUUGUGACGGCUCUGACGAGUACGCCAGCGGCGCCUGUCCCAACACGUGCGACGAGAUUGGCGCGGCGGCGCGCGCGCGCCAGCAGCAGAUCGACGAGAUGCGCCUGCGCGGCUACGAGGUCAAGCUGAAGCUGAUAGAGGAGGGCAAGGAGAAACUGGCCGAGAAACAGGUCCGUCUAGCGGAGCUAAACCGUGAGAAGGAGGUCGCCGAGGAGAUGAAGAACGCUCGCGAGACGGCCAAGAACGAGGCGGAGGCUCAGGAGCGGCUGCUCCUGGACGCGUGGCACGAGCAGCGGCGUCAGCAAGAGCAGGAGCAUGAGGAGGCCAACCGGCAGCUGGCCGAGGAGACCUUCACCAGGCUGGACGUCAACAGCGACGGAAAGCUGACUACUGAGGAGCUGCAGAGGGAGCCCAAGCUGGACAAGGACGCUGACGGCGUCGUAUCCAAGGACGAGGUCGACUCCAUCACCAUGAACAAGGACGAGCUGGAGAUGGAGGAGUUUGUGGUGAGCACCUGGCCGCUGCUGAAGCCGUUCUUCCACCCUCUUCACGUGCCGGAGGAGGGCGGUCAGCCGACCGUCGCGCCCGCCGCGGCCCCCGACCAGCAGCAGCAGGAGGUGGCAGAGGGGGAGGAGCUGACAGAGGAGGAGCUAGCGGCCGGAGAGGUGGACGCAGGCGACCUGGUCACUCCGGGGGCGGGAACGGUGCAGGAGCUCGACAGGGAUGAGCUGGUUGAGGACUCGUACGAGCCUCCCUCCUACGACUCCGAUGACGAAGAGGAAGAAGACGAUGAAGAGGAGGAAUUUGACGCGGCCGAGCACUACCGGCGGCGACACAGCGUUCCGGAGACGACCGGAGACGAGCCAGAGUACGACGCCGAGACCCAGGCGGCCGUGGACGCGGCUAAGCAGGCUCGCGCUGAGCUACAGGAGGCCGAGCAGAAACUCCGUGACAUUGAACGGGAGGUGGGCGGUGUGGAAUCGUUCACCGGGCUGGACCUGGGCCCCGAGAAAGCGUUCGCCGCGCUCUACCAGCAGUGCUUCACGCUCGAGAAUCGCGAGUACGAGUAUAAACUCUGCGUGUUCGAUAAGGCCACCCAGAAGCCGCGCAGUGGCGGCGUGGAGACCUCCCUGGGCAAGUGGGACUCCUGGGAGCGACCCGAACAGACCGGCUACACGCAGCAGCUGUACAACAACGGACAGCAGUGCUGGAACGGCCCCAAACGCUCGGCGCAUGUGACGUUUGCCUGCGGUGAGGAGACACGCGUACUGGAUGUCACUGAACCAGCCAAGUGUGAGUACAAGUUCUCUCUGGAGACGCCGGCGGUGUGUGAGCGGCCCUCAGCCGAGGGCGAGCAGCUGUUCCAUGACGAGCUGUAGGUGCUUGCCGGACCUACCAACCCACCUACCACGACGAACUGUAGGCGUCUGUUAGCCUGCGACCGACGAGGAGAAGCUAUACUAUGACCACCAUCACGCUAUAUCACGAUGAUUCGUAGAUUGCUCGAAUGCCGCAUGAUGACACAACGCGACUCGAGAUGACAGGGGACGCUCCCAUGGUUGUCUAGACGACCGACGCCAGGCGGUGAACGAGAGGCAGGGUUCGAGCGUCGCGCCAGGGCUGUAGAAGUGCAUUGUGCAUUAUAUUGAGCUGCCUGUGGGUCUUGUGUUGCUCUAUAUGGUGUGGUGUUUGGAUUCAGUUUGUGUUGUGUUUUGUGUCGUUGGUGAACGGUGGUGAUUGGAAUUGUGUGCGAUGCCACGCUGGUUUCUGUGAUUAGGAUGGCUGGGAAGCGCCCCGAAGACAUUUCCGAACAUCAACGGCGAGCGCAGACGAGAUUUAGAAUUGUUUGGGAACGGGUCCGACCGAGGAAAAGACGUCGCCCUUUAUGUGUGGCAACUGCCAGGGCUAACUGUGAGAUUGGACACUGUCAGGAACUAUGUUGUUGGCGAGCGGUCAUAUUUUGAUUACGAUCACAGCGCUGGUGGCCCGUACGGCUGGACUCAUUGUGGUGUUGUCCUUUUUUCCUGUGUACAUACGUCUGGAGAUGCGCUGGUCCUCACUUGUUGGCUCCUAAAUAAACGUAUGAAUAGCA